AGUACAGACUCAACCGGAAAAAGACCGCCAGAAAGUAAGGAGAUACCCUACUCUUCCUACGGUGGCCUGAAGGAGCGGCGAAGUUCACAUAGGAGAACUUACCAUUUCUAGGACUCCCAGUCGUGAUGUCUUUCAAGAGAGAAGGGGACGAUUGGAGUCAGCUCAAUGUGCUCAAAAAACGAAGAGUUGGAGAUUUGCUGGCCAGUUACAUCCCAGAGGAUGAGGCGCUGAUGCUUCGGGAUGGACGCUUUGCUUGUGCCAUCUGCCCCCAUCGACCGGUCCUGGACACCCUGGCCAUGCUGACUGCCCACCGUUCAGGCAAGAAACAUCUGUCCAGUCUGAAGCUUUUCUAUGGUAAAAAGCAGCAAGGAAAGGGAACAGAGCAAAAUCCAAGACAGCAGAAUGAAUUGAAGGAAGAGACCAAAGCUGAGGCUCCUUUGCUAACCCAGACUCGACUUAUCACCCAAAGUGCUCUGCACAGAGCUCCCCACUAUAACAGUUGCUGUCGUCGGAAGCACAGACCAGAAACCUCUGGUCCCUCCGUCUCCCGUUCCUCUUUGCCAGCACCAGAGGUCAAAGUCCAAAGUGGGAAGAUUAGUAGGGAACUUGAGCCUGCGGCUGGCCUACAGGCCAAGGAGUCACCAGCUCGCUCAGACUCUGAACCCGUGAGCCCCACAAGAAGACAAGCUCUGGAUCAUUACCUUACCCUUCGAAGCUCUGGAUGGAUCCCAGAUGGACAAGGUCGAUGGAUAAAAGAUGAAAAUGUUGAGUUUGACUCUGAUGAGGAAGAACCCCCGAUCUUCCCAUGGACUAACACCCUCUUUUCCCAUUCAUUUCAUAAAUAAACUACAGUGGGUGCUAGGAGCCUAACCUUCCUCAAGUCGGGUUCCUUGAUCAAUCUCA